CCAAGACGGACAGAAACAGAAACAGGUCAGGACAGGUUACCUAAGGAGCCGCCCGACACAUACCUACCUAUCUAUACUUACAGAACAGCCACACUUGCAGGCAAGCAAGCAGUACAACAUCGCUGUCCUGUAACCUGUUUUAUUUCUUAUUUCUGUUUCUUUUCUCCUAUUCGCCUUCUCUCAUUUUCAUAUUCACUUCUUGAGUAUUAUUAUACUCUGUUCCUCAAUUUCUCCAUUCACUUCUCCGUCAAUGGCUGUGGCGCGGGUGUAACGACGUUGUGUAUUUUACCAUACCUCCCUUGAUCUCUGUUACCUGCCGGGAGGUAUUCUCUUCGUCAUCUUCUUUUCUUCUUGAUUGUUUUCUUAUGGAAAUUCUUUUAUACCCUGUGCGCAUAAUUUUUUUCUCGAUUACAGCUCCCUCUUCCUGAUCAAUCUUUUAUCAUAUUGCGCUUACAUCCGAGUUGACGACCCGCCAUGACUUCCAGACUUGAUCGUCUUGUCACAUUACUAGAGACUGGCAGUACGCCUCUCAUCAGAAACACUGCCGCCCAGCAACUGGCAGAUGUGCAAAAGCAGCAUCCAGAUGAAUUAUUUAAUCUACUCGGACGUAUUCUACCGUAUCUUCGAUCCAAAUCAUGGGACACCAGAACCGCUGCAGCCAAGGCAAUAGGUCUCAUUGUCGCCAAUGCAGACACCUUUGAUCCUAACCAGGAUGACGGCCAGGAGAUCAAGAAGGCCGAGGACGACGAUCUCGAUGUUGACAUCAAAUCGGAAGAGGAGCUGUUGUCCCCGACGGACGACUCGCUCCUCCAACUGGAGCGACUCGAUCUCUCUUCUAUCCUGAAAUUUGGAAAGAGACUACUCGGCAGCGCAGGCAAGGAAUAUGAGUAUUCUCUGGCCGCUAUGGAUCCUGCUUCCCGACUGCAGCAUCAAAAGAAGACCUUGACCUCCCGCUUGGGUCUCGCCGGCGAGUACAUCGAAGAGGACCUAAUCAAUGACAACGACCUGGUUUCGAAACCGGUUGUGAAGGAAGAGCCAUCUUUCGUUGCCUCCCGCCAGCACAGCAUUCAGGGCACUUCCCAGCCUCUGGCGUCGCCGAUUGAACCCGCCAAUGGAGAGGAGUCGGGCUUGAGCAAACGGCAGCUCAAUCAGCUAAAGCGAAAGAACAAGCAGAGUGCCAGAACGGGGGCGAAUAAAGUGCGUGUAGUUGACCUGUCCUCGCGGAGAGCGUCGGAAAACGUGACAACGCCUUCGGUCGCCACACCUUAUCCCAUCAAAUCAGAGAAUGGAGAAGAGCGCAACGGCGAUUCCAAGCCAGAUUAUUUCUCGUUAGACCGAUCCGCCGGCGACGAUGAUUCGAAGAUAGUCUCGGAAUUCAAAGGAGCUGCAGUUCCAGAGAAUCCAUUACUCCAGCCAGAGCCCACAGAAAAUGGUCCCAAUCCGAACUGGCCUUUCGAGCUCAUGUGUGACGUCCUCAUGGUCGAUCUUUUCGAUCCCAACUGGGAGAUCCGCCAUGGUGCUGCGAUGGCUUUGCGUGAAGUCAUUCGCGUCCAGGGCGCCGGUGCCGGCCGUGUGCAGGGGAAAAGCAGGGCUGAGAAUGAUAUAUUAAAUCGCAAGUGGUUGGACGACCUUGCGUGCCGUCUCCUGUGUGUGCUCAUGCUCGAUCGCUUUGGUGACUACAUCUCAGAUAACGUCGUAGCUCCCAUCCGAGAGACCGUCGGUCAAACGCUAGGUGCACUCCUGUCUCAACUCCCCUCACGGUCGGUCAUUUCUGUCUACAAGUGUCUCUAUAGAAUCAUUAUGCAGACCGAUCUCGGCCUGGAACGACCUAUCUGGGAAGUUUGUCACGGUGGCAUGAUCGGUCUCAGGUAUCUAGUAGCGGUUCGAAAGGAUCUGCUCAUCAAGGAUUCCAAGCUCAUGGAUGGCGUGCUCGAGGCGGUCAUGAAGGGCUUAGGGGAUUACGAUGACGAUGUCCGUGCCGUGAGCGCGGCAACGCUUGUUCCCAUUGCCGAAGAAUUUGUCAAAACUCGUCAAAGUACUUUGGGCACCCUAAUGACCAUCGUUUGGGAUUGCCUUUCGAAUUUGCAGGAUGAUCUCAGCGCCAGUACAGGUUCAGUCAUGGACCUUUUGGCGAAACUGUGUACAUUCCAAGAGGUUCUCGACGCGAUGAAGGCCAAUGCAGCGGUCAAUCCGGAAUCGUCCUUUGGUAAACUCGUUCCUCGCCUCUACCCUUUUCUACGGCAUACUAUCACUAGUGUCCGCUCGGCGGUUCUUCGAGCCCUUAUGACAUUCUUGCAACUCGAGGGCGAAGGCACCGACGAGUGGGUUGACGGAAAGACAGUGCGUUUGAUCUUUCAGAAUCUGCUAGUGGAGCGAAACGAGGGCGUUUUGAAGCAGUCUCUUCAGGUCUGGUCAGAGCUACUAAAAUCUCUGGAGACUCGCGGUUCCUUCAAGUCAGAAAACGAUCUCCUAAGUCACAUCAGACCCCUUAUUACUCUAAGCAUGGGUCCUUUUGGUGUUCCGCGAUACCCGAUUCCUAUGGACGCUUCUUUAUUUAUCAAACCCUCGGGUCUGCCUUUCCCGUCAAGCGCUGCGGCUCCUGCCAGGUCAUCUCCGGCUAGUAACACGCCUGAAGGAUCUAAAGGUCGUCGGCGCAAGUCCGAGAAGAAAGAGGCGCCACCACCUUCCGCCCACAAUGUCGACGGGCACAUGCUCCAAGGCGACAUUGACCUUGUGGGUGCGGAUACCAUGCUGAGGUCGAAGAUAUAUGUCGCAAGAGCUCUCGGCCAGUUUCUAUUUUUCUGGGACCAGAACCGACUCCCGAGUCUAUGGCAAUCUAUCUUGGAAGGACUCGACCAUUCGGCCUCGACGUCGCAACUCGCUUCGGCCAUGAUAGUGGAGGAGUAUGCCAAGCUCUCUGGACCUGGUGGCAGGUAUGCCUCUACUUUGUGUGAGCAACUGCGUCCAAUCAUCGAAGGCGAGCGUCCUCCGUGGUAUAGCGACAUUGCUUGCUAUCUUCAUGUCGCUCGAGCACAGUGUCACUCCCUUCUGAACACCUUUCGCGACCACGCACAUGUUCCCGGCUCAAGAUUGCCUGUCCUCGCCGUCAUUGUUCAGGGGGAUGCCGAGGCUGGACCCAGUGCGUUCUCGCUGUCUGACGCCGAGAAGGUCAUUGGCCCAGACUUUGACCGGCUCAAGAAGAGUCUUACUCCGGCUCAGCGCAUUACCGCUCUUCAGGUCCUCAACGAUACUCGCGCAACGGCUGAGAGCGCUAUCAACGAGGCCAGGAAUGUCAGAGAGCAAAGAGACUUGCGUGUUCGGGCUGCCGCGGCAGGCGCUCUGGUUGCUUUAAGCGACAUUCCGAAGAAACCAAGCCAUAUUAUCAAGGGAAUGAUGGAUAGCAUAAAGAAAGAGGAGAACGCCGAACUGCAACAGCGCUCUGCCACUGCUAUUGCCAGCCUCGUUGAGUACUACACCACUUCCACGAAGCGGGGACCCGUCGACAAAGUUAUCGGUAAUCUUGUCAAGUACUGCUGCGUGGAUACUUCUGAGACCCCUGAGUUCCACCACAAUGCGACUCUCGAGAAGUCUAUCCUCUCGCUCCGUAAAGAAGAAGACCGGCGCGAUCAUCCAGAUGCUGCCAAGUUCGAGAGAGAGGCCAAGGAGGCUCGAAUCAUGCGUCGUGGCGCCAAAGAAGCUCUCGAGCAGUUGGCCGUCAAGUUUGGCUCUGAGCUUAUGGCCAAGGUGCCUAACCUCGCUUCUUUGAUAGAACGACCAUUGAAAGAAGCUCUUGCCGGCGACGAACUUCCGGCGAACAUUCGUGAUCCCGAAAACGAACUUGGCCAGGAAGUUGUGGAUGGAUUGUCCACGUUGCGUGCCAUCCUUCCCAAAUUUCACUCGGGACUUUACCCAUGGGUGGUCGAUCUCAUGCCGCUUGUAGUUAAGGCGCUUCAAUGCAAGCUUUCUGUCAUUCGAUAUGCAGCUGCCAAGUGUUUCGCCACUAUCUGCAGCGUCAUUACCGUCGAAGGCAUGACCAUGCUGGUUGAGAAGGUCCUGCCUAUGAUCAACAAUGCUCUGGAUGUCCACCACCGUCAAGGCGUCGUCGAGUGCGUUUAUCACCUGAUUCAUGUGAUGGAGGACGGCAUUCUGCCUUAUGUCAUCUUUCUCGUUGUUCCUGUCCUCGGUCGGAUGAGCGAUUCGGACAACGAGGUCAGGCUGUUGGCCACAACGUCUUUCGCAACCUUGGUGAAACUGGUCCCGUUGGAAGCUGGAAUACCCGACCCACCUGGUCUGUCAGAAGAACUGCUCAAAGGACGUGACCGGGAGAGGCAGUUCAUGGCGCAGAUGUUGGAUGUACGAAAAGUCGAAGAAUUCAAGAUCCCCGUGGCCAUCAAAGCGGAGCUUCGACCUUAUCAGCAAGAAGGUGUUAACUGGCUUGCCUUUCUCAACCGCUAUAAUCUUCAUGGCAUUCUCUGCGACGACAUGGGUCUGGGUAAAACUUUGCAGACCAUUUGCAUUGUCGCCAGUGACCACCACCUGCGGGCGGAAGAGUUCGCUCGGACUCAGAAGCCUGAGGUUCGGAAACUUCCUUCUCUGAUCGUUUGCCCGCCGUCUCUCUCCGGACAUUGGCAGCAAGAACUGAAGCAAUAUGCCCCAUUUCUCAACUGCGUCGCUUACGUCGGUCCACCUGCAGAGCGGUCAAGGCUGCAAAGCGCUCUUCCCAACGCGGACAUCGUCGUGACAUCCUAUGAUAUCUGCCGCAACGACAACGAGGUUCUCAAUCCGAUCAACUGGAACUACUGUGUUCUGGAUGAGGGUCACCUUAUCAAGAACCCCAAGGCCAAGGUCACGAUCGCAGUUAAGCGUUUGCUUAGCAACCACCGUCUGAUCCUUUCGGGAACUCCUAUCCAGAACAAUGUGUUGGAGCUGUGGUCUCUCUUUGACUUCCUUAUGCCAGGUUUCCUUGGCACGGAGAAAGUCUUUUUGGAUAGAUUCGCCAAGCCCAUCGCGGCCAGCCGCUUCAGCAAGUCGUCUUCCAAGGAACAGGAAGCGGGAGCUUUGGCUAUUGAAGCUCUGCACAAGCAGGUUCUUCCCUUCUUGCUACGUCGCCUCAAAGAGGAAGUUUUGAAUGACCUUCCGCCGAAGAUCAUCCAAAACUACUACUGCGACCCCAGCGAGCUUCAGAGGAAACUGUUCGAGGAUUUCAGCAAGAAAGAGCAAAAGGCUCUCCAGGACAAGGUGGGAAGCACCGAAAAGUCCGACAAGGAGCACAUCUUCCAAGCCUUGCAGUACAUGCGUCGUCUCUGCAACUCCCCGCGCUCGUCGUCAAGGAAGGUCACAAGCAGUACAACGAGCGCAUUGCGCGACCUGCUCAUCGACUGCGGUAUUGGUGUUGACCCGCCAAGCGAGGGCGAUCUGAGCGGCGCCAGCUAUGUCAGUCCCCACCGAGCCCUAAUCUUCUGUCAGAUGAAGGAGAUGCUGGAUAUCGUGCAAAGCGAAGUGUUCAAGAGGCUGCUUCCGUCCGUUCAAUUCCUCCGUCUCGACGGCAGCGUCGAAGCUACCAAGCGUCAGGACAUUGUCAACCGGUUCAACACGGAUCCCAGCUACGAUGUGUUGCUUCUGACGACCAGCGUCGGUGGUCUCGGUCUGAACCUGACCGGCGCCGACACGGUCAUCUUCGUGGAGCACGACUGGAACCCACAGAAGGAUAUCCAAGCCAUGGACCGCGCCCAUCGUAUCGGCCAAAAGAAGGUCGUCAACGUCUACCGGUUGAUCACUCGCGGCACAUUGGAGGAGAAGAUCCUGAAUCUGCAACGAUUCAAGAUCGAUGUCGCCUCCACAGUGGUCAACCAGCAAAAUGCCGGCCUCGGCACAAUGGACACAGACCAACUCCUUGACCUCUUCAACCUAGGCGAAACGGCCGAAACAGCCGAGAAGCCCAGCGACGCGGCUGGUAAUGAAGUCGACAUGGUCGACAUCGACGGCAACGUCAAGGAGAAGGGCAAGAAGGGCUGGCUCGACGACCUCGGCGAACUCUGGGACGACCGCCAGUACCAGGAGGAGUACAAUCUCGACUCUUUCCUGGCUACCAUGAAAGGCUGAUUUUUAUCUGUGGUCUUUCGGGUUGCGGCUAUUGGCUUGGCUUUUUCCACUUUUAUUCUUUCUACUGGCGUUGGUCUGGCUUGCUUUGGAGGGGUCCAGGUACCUUAAGACGAGACGAGACACGAGAACACGGAGGAUAGACACGACGACGCAUGGGACUGAAGUGAACUCUUCCCUCUAUUUCCUUUUCUAUUUGUUUCACUGUGAUGAUUUGUCCCUUUUUCUUCCUUUUACCUAGAGCCUUCUAAUUCCCUGUACUCUUACUCAAAACUGUUCUGUACAUAUACAAACGACAUCUUCAUGGGUUUACGAUCGCAUUAUGGUUUUCCUAUAUUGAUAG